UGAGCAAACACUGUGUCCUGAUGUGCUAGUGCACGCUGUUUCUCUGGCAAGUUUUUGCAACGCCACAGGAUUCUUUAAGUUUUGAGUAGAAGUUGCUGCUGCUGUUUGUUUGUCUUUGAGACGCCACAGGUUUCUGCUUGUCUUCAAUUACCCUCUCUUAAGUUUGCUCCAUCACUGAGUGUUUCAGAGGACGAGCAGUUUGUGGAGAAGACCCAAGAUUCUUGUAACUUUUCGGCCGGCCACAUCCUGUUCAAACACAUCUUCCCUCUUGUAUCCCCUCUGUCUGUCCUAGCUGCCUUCUCUUAUUCCUUAUUGCUCAACAGAACCAUUUCAGUCCACUACCACUUUCACGCAACUCCCCUCAAUCUGGCCCCAUUAUCAUUUUUUUUGUUAAUUUCUUUUUAUUUCUGCUCUCCUGUCCCCCUCCUCCAAGAAGGACAAUUCCAUUUCAUGCCAAAUUUGUAGCUACACCCUCACGUCUCCAUUCCCUUUUCUAACCCCUCUGUUCCCCUAAUGGGCUCCAUAUCAGUCAGCAGUGCCACAUUCCCUUCAUCAUCGCUCAGAGCCUCUCUCCACCCCUAACCACCUCGCCAACACCAACACCAACACAACCCAAUGGAGACAAAAGAUAUGAUGCUGACGAGCAUGUUGACAAUGGACAAAGGGGAGAAUGAGGGAGAGAGGGAGAAAGGGAGAGAGGAGGUGGGGGGAGAAGAGGAGGGGACACAGCAGGAAAAUGGUAGACUGAUGCUGGCUGACGGUCUUGCAGAGAGAGGACCCAAGAGCCUGACUUCUGGCUCCGGACAGCAGGUGUCCAAUGGCUUCACCACAUCCACCCCUCAAAGCCCCAAGGAGGGACCAGGGACCGCGGCUUGCUCCGGAGGCACAGCCUCUGGACCCGGAGGAGGAACCGGGUCCUCAGUGCCGCCAGGAGGCCUCAGGACUCUGGUGGUCCAACAGACCAGCUUGGAGAGGCCCCGAGAAACCUGGAGCAAGAAGAUGGACUUCUUGCUCUCCGUGAUCGGCUACGCUGUGGAUCUGGGAAAUGUGUGGCGCUUCCCAUACAUCUGCUACCAAAAUGGAGGAGGUGCCUUUUUGCUGCCCUACCUGUUGAUGGCGGUGUUCGGAGGUGUCCCUCUCUUCUACAUGGAGCUGGCUCUCGGCCAGUUCCACCGCAGCGGCUGCAUCUCCAUCUGGAAACACAUCUGCCCCAUCUUCAAAGGGAUCGGCUUCGCCAUCUGCAUCAUAGCCCUCUACAUCGCCUUCUACUACAACACCAUCAUGGCCUGGGCCUUGUAUUACCUGCUGUCAUCGUUUCGGCCCACUCUGCCCUGGACCACCUGCACCAACAGCUGGAACACGGCCAACUGUAACCGCUACAUGUCCACCGACCACAACGUGACCUGGUCCAACUCCUCCACCUCCCCCGCCGAGGAGUUCUAUACUCGCCAGGUGUUGCAAGUCCACCUCUCCCCAGGUCUGCACCAGCUGGGCUCUGUCAGCUGGCAGCUGGCCCUCUGCCUGCUCUUCAUCUUCAUCAUCGUCUACUUCAGCAUCUGGAAGGGAGUCAAGACGUCUGGAAAGGUGGUUUGGGUGACUGCUACCUUUCCUUACCUGGUCCUCCUUGUGUUGCUCAUCCGAGGGGCCACUCUGCCAGGGGCCUGGAGGGGCGUGGUCUUCUACCUCAAACCUGAUUGGCAGAAGCUUCUUAGCACUACAGUGUGGAUUGAUGCUGCCGCUCAGAUCUUCUUCUCGCUGGGUCCGGGGUUUGGCGUGCUCCUUGCCUUUGCCAGCUACAACCCGUUUCACAACAACUGCUACAAAGAUGCUUUGGUCACCAGCUCUGUGAACUGCCUGACCAGCUUUCUGUCUGGCUUUGUCAUCUUUACCGUUCUGGGCUACAUGGCUGAGAUGAGGCAUCAGGAAGUGGAUACUGUGGCCAAGGAUGCUGGUCCAAGUCUGCUGUUCAUCAUUUACGCAGAAGCCAUAGCAAAUAUGCCUGCUGCUACUUUCUUUUCCAUCAUAUUCUUCCUCAUGAUCAUUAUGUUGGGUCUGGACAGCACGUUUGCAGGGUUGGAGGGCGUGAUCACAGCUAUGCUGGAUGAGUUCCCUCAUGUCCUCGCUAAGAGACGAGAGUGGUUCGUGUUAGGCCUGGUGUGCGUCUGCUUCCUGGGGGCUCUCUCCACACUCACAUAUGGAGGAGCGUUUGUGGUCAAGCUGUUUGAGGAGUACGCCACAGGCCCCGCGGUCAUCACCGUGGUCCUGCUGGAAGUCAUCGCCGUUUCCUGGUUCUACGGUACCAACCGUUUCUGUAAUGACAUCCAGCUCAUGCUUGGUUUUUACCCGGGGUGUUUCUGGAGGAUCUGCUGGGUGGCCAUCUGCCCCAUCUUCCUGCUGUUCAUCAUCAUCAGUUUUCUGGCCUUCCCUCCGGAGGUCAGGUUGUUCGACUAUCACUUCCCGCCAUGGACCACGGUCCUGGGCUACUGCAUCGGGGUGUCUUCAUUCAUCUGUGUGCCUGUUUAUAUGGUCUACUACUUGCUCAGUGCCAAGGGAACGUUCAAACAGCGUCUGUUAAAGAGUAUCACUCCAGAGCCCAGCGGAAACCAACACAGAGACUUCAUUGUCACAAACGCAGUCUGACCAAACCUUGACCAAAAGGUGUCACUCUAGCUUCAUAGAGCGCCCUCUUCUGGACGAACUGCAAAACUACAGGACAAGGGGCUACCUUUCACCGUCUUUGCCUCUAUUUCACACAUCACUACACUUGUUUUUAGCGGUCUCACAUCAAGAUCUAGAGAUAGUGGUGGAGUUAGGCGGAGCCAGGCUGCAGUAGUUUAAGAAGCUUUGUUUAGUUUAGUUCCUUAUGCUGGUUCAGUUCUCAGGUGUUAAAACCCAGAGCUUCAGUAUUGUCAGAUCAACAUCCUCUCUUAAGUGUCGCCUAAGUCAUUUUGUGACCAACCUUUCUUCAGGUUAUACAGUUGAAACGAAUGUUUUAUACCAUAAAGGCGUAUGAUACAGUCUAUGUUCAUGUAGACAAUAAAAUGGAGAUACUGCACAUUGAAAUUAGUCGAAGAAGGCCAUAUAGUUACAUUUAUAUCCGCUCUCACUCUUUACAGUUGCAUUUCCAUAUUAUGCUGUUAAGUUAUGCAUUCUAAUAUGUAGCACUAUUCAGGUAUCUGUUACUGAAGCCAAAUAUAUAUGAUAUCUGUUCUGUUCAUAUCUCUAAAAAGUGUUUCCAUAUUUUAGCUGUGGUUAUGAUGUGUUGACUGUCAGCCUGUGCUUAUUUGGUGGCAUCUUGGACAAGCAAUGGAUUUGCAAUGAGUUCCCUACACUGUGAAGCACUGUCUGUUAGUGACAUGAAUGUGUGUGAUGUGUGCAUGUGCGUGUGUCUGAAAAAGAAAAGACUGUUAUUGUUACCAGUGGAAAAAAACUAGAUCACAGACAGAACCAACCAAGUGUAUUCAUCCUAUAACUGCAAUAUAAAAUGUGUAUUUAUUUUAUAAUGUAUCGUUCUUGUCAUUUUGACCUCCCACACUUCAGUGUGACAAACAUUACAUGUGACAUAACACGACGUCGUCCUGAUGGUCCUCGUUUAAUCACAGUGACAUUCUGCGCUCUGUUGUCAGUCUGCAUAACUGUCAGUAAUAGAAACCAAAUAUGGAUCAGAGCUAAUAACAUUAUCAAUGGCAUAGUCUGAAAAUCAGCAUCACUGCUCUUUACUUUCUACCAAAAAAUAGCGUGUUUGUGUGAGUGUGUGUGUGUGUGUGUGUGUGUGUGUGUGUGUGUGUGUGUUUUCUGAGAGGGUAUGUAGGAGCAGGAGUUAAAAUAUGGCGAGUACUGUACAUCUACAUGUGUAUUUACUAGUCAGUUUGGUAUUGGUGUAAUCUAUCCUGUGAAUACCUGUCUCCUCUCUCCAUGGAUGUGUGAACAUGUGUUUAGUUCUUGUGUGGGCUUGAGUGUUGUGUGUGUGUGUGUGUGUGUGUGUGUGUGUGUGUGUGCGUGUGUACAUGCGUGUGCACCUUGAUUAGUGUUUAGGUGCACGUACGGGUGGUUGUGUAAAAAGGAUUAGAUGUGUUCAGCCCCUUUAUGUGUGCAUGCUGUGAUACGUGUGUGUGUGUAUGUGUGUAUGUGUGUGUGUAUUCUGUACUUCAAACGUGUGUGUCUGUAAUGUGAUCUCCUGUUGUCUUGUUAACUGCCAAAAUAUCUUAUGAAGGAAGAAAACUCCCUCUUGCCUCUCUCUCUCUCUCUAGUACCUCUCGAGCUUAUGUAAGAUAUAUGUAUGUCAAUAAAAGACUGUAUUGAGAAAUACACCUGUAUAGAAUAAAGAUAUAUAAAUAUAUGGGAAAUAACGGAUAAUAAAGAUAUAUGGAAAU